AGGCUGUGUGGAUUGCCCGUACGUGGAAUGCAACCAUCAACAACUCGCGCGAACAGCGGCCGUCACGGAAAACCCGAACAACAGCUUCUGCGCGUCCAUCACAACAAUCGGCAAUCAACAAAAUACGUGUAAUGGCUGUGGCGGCGACGAACGGCGAUGCGGCCGCAGACGCGGCGGCGGCGCUCGACAAUCUCAAGCCGCCGCCGGGCGUCAUCAUCCCGCCACCGGGCGAGAUCCGCGAGGCCAUCGAGAAAACGGCGGGUUACGUGAUGCGCGGUGGUGCCGGCCUUGAGCAGCGGAUUCGCGACAACCAUGGCAAGAACCCCAAGUUCAGCUUCUUGAUGUCGAGCUCCGACCCGUACAACGCGUACUACGAAUGGCGCAAAGAAGAGAUCAGGAACGGACGGGGCACUGCGCUCUCGGCUGGCCGUGUCGGAGAGGCAGCCGCCGCGCCCGCCCAGGAGAAGCCAGCGGGGCCGCCAAAGCCGCCGGAUUUCCAAUUCUCAGCCCGUAUGCCUCGUAUGAGCCAGAAAGAUUUGGAGAUCGUGCGACUAACUGCCCUGUUCGUCGCCAAAAACGGCCGGCCAUUCAUGACACAGCUUGCCCAGCGUGAGGCGAGCAACCCCCAAUUUCAGUUCCUGAUACCCAACCACACAUUCCACAACUUCUUUCAGAGCAUGAUUGACCAGUACACCAUCCUCCUGCGCGAGAGCGGCGUCAACGGCGAGGGGGGCAAGGCCCAGCAGGAGCGGGUCGACCAGCUGCGGCAGAACGUUGCGGACAAGUACAAGGUAUUGGCGCGCGCGAAGCAGAGGGCCGCGUACGCGAAGUGGCAAGAGGCCGAGAAGGCCAAGCAAGAGGAGGAAGAGGAGAAGAAGAAGAUGGAGUUUGCGCGGAUCGACUGGAACGACUUUGUCGUGGUCGAGACCAUUGUCUUCACCGAGGCCGACGAUCAGGCGAACCUCCCGCCUCCGACGACGCUCAACGACCUCCAGUACGCCUCGUUGGAGGAGAAGAACAAGGUCUCGGUCAGCUCUACCCUCCGGAUCGAGGAGGCCUUCCCCUUCGAAGACACCAGCUACAACGCCUACCCGCCCCAAACAUACGGCGCGCAAGCACCAGCCACGCAGCCACCCCCAGCAGCACCUGCCACCGCCCAGGCCAACAAUGCGCCCCCACCGCCGGCACAGGGCGCGCCUGUUCCUCUCGCCUCGCGCACAAAGUCUGCCGAGGAGGAGAAGGAGGAGGAGGCUCAAAAGGCACAGGAGAAGGAGCAAGAACGGACGCGUGUGCAGCAGGCGCAGGCCGAAGCCCGCGGUGGCGCUGCGCCAAUGAAGAUCAAGGAGAACUAUGUUCCGCGCGCGGCGCAACGAGCAGCCAGCAAGUUCGGCACGCAGACGGCAAUGUGUCCAAACUGCAAGCAGCAGAUCCCGCUCAACGAGAUGGACGAGCACAUGAGAAUCGAGCUGCUCGAUCCACGGUGGAAGGAACAGAAGGCCAAGGCCGAAGCCCGGUAUGCCACGACCAACCUGUCUACGGCAGAGGUGGCCAACAACCUCAAACGUCUCGCCAGCCAGCGGAGCGAUGUGUUCGACACCACCACCGGCCAGGCCGUCUCGGAAGAGGAGCUUGCCCGGAGAAAAAAGGUUGCGCUCCACGCGUUCGAUGGCAACCCGGAUGGCAAGAGCCAGGCGCAUAUCAAUCAGCUACAGACCUUCAACCUCGACGAGCAAAUUCGGGCUAUCCAUCAAAAGUUUGCCGACAAGAAGUGAAGGAGCCCGCAUUGGGCUUCUACAUUCGUGGUCUUUCUUGGUCAACCGAAACCGUUUCUACCAGUGCGGUGGCCGGGCAGCACGGCAUAGGU